GAGGAGCUGAUAAAAAGCACCAAAACCAAAUGACACGUUUGGAAUAAGCACUUUUGCACUGUUAGUAUAUCCAGCGGUCGCAUUAGAAAGUGCUUAAUUCUCAAUGCCGAUUCCUGUUGCUUUCCAAGGGGCUCUUCUGGGUCUCUGGUUCUGCUUCUUUGCUGCAAGCUUCUGCUAUACCAAUGGGGAGACCAUUGAGGUAGCUGGAGAACAAGCAGCAGCCAGAACUUUUUCAGAGUUGCAAAAAGCAGAAGCCGCAGAAGUCAAUGAAGAAGAGAAAUUUAAAGUGCUUGCACACAAGCCCUUCUUCAAGAAGCCACCUCUACCCAAGAUUCCCAUUGUAAAGAAGCCAUUUCCACCAAAGCCCUUUUUCAAGAAGCCAUUGCCACCCCACAUCCCAAUCUACAAGAAGCCACUCCCUCCACCAGUUCCGGUCUUCAAGAUUCCUCCCUUUAAGAAGCCGGAUUAUCCGCCGGUUCCGGUUGUGGAAGUAAAGCCAUUUCCGAAGAAGCCAAUUUUCCCUCCACUUACAAAAUUCAAGAAGCCAAUUCUACCACCUAUUCCUGUAUACAAGAAGCCACUUCCUCCGCCAAUUCCAGUUUACAAGAAGCCAUUUCCCGAUCCUGUCUUCAAGAAGCCGAUUCCAACAUUCAAGAAGCCAUUUCCUCCACAUCCAUUCCUUGGGAAGCCAUUUCCUCCCAUUGUUCCCUAA